AUGGAUUUCUUUAUUACGGGAGGGUUGCUUCAUACAACAUCACACAGCCUUACCUCAGAGCUCGAGUUUCUCCUAUUUGAACCGAUCCCAUCUAUUGACUGGACGAAGGCUUUCACCCCCGUCUGUCAACAAGGAACACAAGAUAUCAACAAUGAUUCACUUAACCGCCUCCGCAUUGCCUAUCCCGUCAUUGAGCGAGUGAAAAAAGUACAUCUGGCUCGUGUGUUUCGUGACUAUCUCUCGGAGGCCGAAACAACGAUGCCUGAUAUUCUUCCCACGCUAAAUUCUCGCGUUGACGACCUAAGAUAUCUCAUUCCUGAUCUCACAAGCGAAAGAAUCCAUGAAGCAUUAUCGGAGCUACAUGAAGGGUAUCGCUGGUUAGACUUGAUUGAACUAAUUGGAUUCGAAGAAAUAUUGUUACUCCAGAGAGAACACCUUGGUCUGUUCGCUUCGGGUACUCCAUCUGAGCGAUUUGAUGUUGAGCAGAUUGUGACAGAUGGUACGGAGGACGACUUCAACAGACUCAAACAUCUACUCACUACAUCCUUUUCUUGGAUACAUGAUACUUGUGUUCGAUUGGAUGGCUUCUUUGACUUGUUUCUUCGUUCUCUGACUUUGCUUUCUCUGGGAAACAUAGAAGGCGCCCAAAAUUUGGGAUAUCAGCUGCAAGAGAAGGUUACAGGUUGCUUCGGCAACACGGCGAAAAUAACAUCUACUCGAAAUCAACUAUUCAUGAGGUUUGAAGAAUAUCUUGCGAAUUCGGUGGCAGAAAUCAAAGCAGAACUCCCUUCAGAUGACGAAAUUCGAGCUUUUGCCAUGGUUUCCGAUUUUCAUCCCCACGGGGCCGAUGAGAGCCAAGAUGGGACUGCCGAUUUAGCCCAUUCUGAGGUGAAAAUUACAAUUCUUCUCCUCCUUCUCGGCUUACACCUCAGAGGUUCUGAUUACAUAGAGGAAAUGUUGUCUUUACUGCCGAACUAA